AUGGGUAGAACCGCAAUGACGCUACUAAGUACGUUGGCUGCGUUGGUUAUUAUCGUGCAUACUGCUGAAGAGGAGUAUGAGAGGAGUCAGAGGGGGCUGAGAGCCAGGUCCAUGGAUGUUGGAUCAUCUGGAUAUGAGCAGACAUGGAGAGCGAUGGAAGUAGAGCCAAUGCUGCCAAACAUACCCCAAGGUGAUGCUUGGCGGAAUGCAGAUGCAGAACCUAAACGCAGACGAAUGCGGAAACGAAAACGUCGGCCACAAAUCGAUCAGCCAGACCUUUUAACACAAGAAAGACACAUAUCCAGCAAUAUCCAGUCCCGAAACUCUGAAUUCGCUGUGGAUCCCCCAGAAACAAAGCGACGUCGAAAACAUAAUCGUAAAAAUACAUGGAAUAAUCAGAAAGAUUGGGGAGACGAAUCUGAUGUCGAACGACCAGUCAGAAGACGAGGACAUAGACGAAAACGACCUCCCACUAUCGAUUCUUGGCCAAGAUUAAGCGAAUUCGACCAUUUAAGACCAAGCGAAGCUAUAGACGAAGAAAAUGUAUGGAACAAGGAAACCGAACCCAUUCACAACGAAAAUGUAUGGAACAAGGAUAGUGAAGCCAUUGACAACGAAGACGAUACAAAUAUAGAACAGGAAAAUAAAGAAGAUAUGGAAGAAAAUCACGAGGAUACACCAGACAUUCCAAUAGAAGUGGUUUCUGAAACAAACCCACCAGAAAGCAAUGCGCCGAUGCUACAGCAUGACAAAUCUUUAUCAGAAUUCUCUUUAGAAAGUCUAAUCAAGAGUUCAGAGGACGGUUUGUCAUUUACAGAAGUAAAAAACAAAAAACCGCAAAGUGAAAGAAAUAAAGCACUGAUCAAGAUAGCUCAGGAUAAUGAACCGUUGGCGCCAUUGACGUUAAAGGCAAUAUUAAAAAGAUCAAACGGGAGAAGUCUUAGUGAAAUUUUGCAACAAAACAACUUGUCACUAAGUGAUCUAUUACAAGGCAGAGUAAACGCAUUGUCGUUGCUUAAAUCACGUGAAGAAAACAGUGAAAAUACAAAUCAAGUAGGCGACUUUGAUGGUAUACCCAAAAAUAAAGAUGACAGUGACUCAACAUUUACACAUUCAGAAAGUAAGCAAAUAAAUGAAUAUAAGAAAACUAAUGAUCCCGAACCUGCUACGACAACAACAGCUGAAAUAAUUUAUACCACUGAAUCUAAAUCCACUACAGAAAACCUAAGUGUUUCGUCUUCGAAUGAUACCGCUGAGGAAAUUACAACUACUCCGAAAACCUAUGUUAGACGUAGAUUUCCAUUUAAUCUACGCCGUCGUACGAGACCUGUUAACGGCACAUACAAAGGACAAUUAAGUCGUGAUCUUAUGGCUUUAACAACUAGAAAAUAUCAAAAUAAUAGAAAUAUACACAGGUCAAGAGAAUGGGUAGAAUAUAUGCCAUCGAAUACAAAGUCUCGGAAGCUUAAACCUACAAUAGAAAAUAAACGAAAUUCCGAAAAUUACGAAACGGAGAGUUCAAUAUCAAUGACAACAGUUUUAGUUGAAGAAACUACUCAACCCACACAAGACCUAGAAGACACUCUACCAACUUCCCCAAAUGACUUGGAAAUAAACGAUUCAAACGCUUUCACACAACAUAAAGUAACAGACGCGACUGAAUCUGAAGUGUACUCUACCACAUUAAAUUCAGAUGACGUACCUACCACUGUGCCUGUAACGGAGAAGAUAGUAACAAUUACGCAAAAGCCAAAAAUUAUUCCACAUAUAAGGUCUAUGCUUAACGCGUCUGAGCUUCGAAGACAAGCCCUCAAUAAUAGAUUGGAGAAGAAACGGUUGCGAGAAAAGAAUUUGUCAACUGAAUCCCUUGGCCUAUUACAAAAAGAUGUCUUAAACGCGAACAAUAUGCAAACAUCAUCUGAAUUUAUUGCUAAAACACAACCCAGCACAAGUAACACCGAUAUCGAAACUGAUUUUACUACUUUAGAAGAUUUUAUGCCCACAGAGGCCGCCAAUAGGCAUCAUAGUCGGAUGAGGACCACUAAGUCUCAAAAUGUCAGAUCAUCAUUACUGCCUAAAAUCCAACCUUAUUUAACUGCAACAGAAGAAACAGCGAAAUUGGAAAUAGAAGAAAUAUUAAAUGACUCUAUGACUCGCGCUAGGCUAUCAAGAAUACUAAAGGAAAGAAAUAUGACGUUAAAUGAAUUAGUGGAGCACAGAGAGCGUGGUUCAAGUCAUAUACACUUGGCUGACAUAUUUCACAAUGCGUCUAAGGAGCCGAACCCACCAGAGCCUUUCCUAUCCAAAUCACUCAUCGAACCAAUAUCAAAGGAAACAUAUCCUUUGAUAGCUUUGUUGGAAGCGAAUCUUCAUGACACUAAGACGAAUUUAGAAGAAAUGGAUGAAACUUCAAAUUAUAUGAAUAUCCCUGUUGUCAUGGACUUCGGUAACAACGUGAAUGAGAACGGUGAGAAUAUGGGUAUAAUGUCCCUUUUCAACAAAAAUAAUGGUAGUGUAAAUGACAGUGAUGGAAACGAGAAACCAGAUAAUAAUAUAGAUAUUACGCCUGAUAUUGAUAGAAAAGAUGAACAAAAACAAAUCAGAGAGGGUCGCAUCUUGGGUUCAGAAACAAGCUUAGUCAACUGGAAUGAACUAUUUAAACUUCUUCACAACCAAUCACAAGAACAGGAAGAGUUACAACCAAGAAUGUCAACAAAAUCAGAAACGUUACAGAAAAUAUUACUUGACGAUGAUGAGGAAGGCGACGGUGUUGUUGUCUUUGAAGAGUUAGAUAAAUUAAAAGCAAAUGAUGUAGAUACAUCCAAAGAGGAUUUGGAAUUUAGAUUUUUAAAUCAAAUUGAAGAAACGCACGCUCAUCCAGUUUAUAACUCAAUAAGUAACACGAGAUCAGUGACUGUUGUAACCGCAAGUAUUAUAGGUCUAGCAUUAGUGCUAUUUUUGCUAACCUAUGCCGCAUUUAAAUGGAAGCAACAAAGUAAAAUUAUAGAGAAUAAGCAAUGUAACAAUGACGAUAGGCUGCCUUCGCCUAUAUUUGAGAACCGAAAGGGUAUUCGAAGCAGUACUCGUAGUAAAAGUCCUAUGCUAACAUCAAACAUUUAUUCUAUUAAUACAUUAGAUACUCAUGCCGGAACGGAGUCGCCGGAGUACAUGUGGGAUUCCUUAAGAAAACCUUUUCAAUAA